AUGGCCAUCUCCGUCACCCAAACGGUGGUCGUCGCCAGUCUCGUUGCUUUCGUGGCCCUGACGGGCAUCUUUUGCUACCACUUUGUCCCGCAUCCUGACAUUCGCGGAGCGACCGCGGGCGAAACCGCCCGAAACUAUUGGGCCUGGAUUAUCACCCGUCCGAAGUUUCUCUGCUGUCGCCGGCAAACGGCGGAACUCACCCUGUUCCGCCAACAAGACCCCGAGCACCAUGCGGCUGACGCUACGAAGCCCAUGGUAUCAAUCACCACCAUCCCUGUGGCUGACGCUACGAAGCCCAGGGUUCCCACUAACACCGUCCCUGCGACUGACGAUACGACGUCCCGGGACCACACCAAUUUCGCUCAGUCGACCGCCGCUACGAAGUCGACUCCAUCUGUAACUGCCGACGCUACGACGCAGACAGAUGCACGCCCUCCCUCUACCCCCUGGUUUGUCAAAACCAGCGGGGAUAGGGGCUCAUUCCCGGUCCGUUACAUCGACAUGCCGCCUGGAGCAACUCUGCUCGGCGAAGGGUCGACAUCUGUGGCACCCGCCAACCAGGCCACCACAGAUAACCGGUUUGAGAAUUUGGGACGGGCGAUGGUGAAUAUGGGAACAAUGCUCGGGGUUGCGUUGUGA